CAUGCCUCCGCCGCCCAAGUCGCGCCCUCCGAGCCAAAAGUACGUCGCCCUUGCUCGCUCUUUGCGUCAGGGCGGGCCGUCCGCGUGGACCGGGCCGGGCGUCGGUGGCAACGCCGUCGUUCCGGCCGACACCGUCUUUGCAGCCAACUACUGCUGUGGCAGGACAGAUUGCUGCUCGGACAGCUGCUGCGCGUGGACGGACCCUCGGGCCGUUUUCCCUCACCAGUGCACGAACAGUAUAUGCCCGACGAGAGGGGCCGGCCUGUGUUUCACGUGCUGCGCUGCGCCGACGUGGCCGUGGCCGCCGCUCUUCCUCGGGCCAAUGGAGCGGAUGUGCUUCUCUUGCGCACAGCUUUGCAAUCCAGGCAAGGAGCUGCGGCACUUCGCGACCGCGGGCGAGUGGUUCGACGAAAUGGCAGAGGUCCAGAAGAACCCGGACCUGCCCGCCGCCCUCAGCGGCACAUGGCACAUGGAGGCGAACCCGUGCGCCGAGGAGCUGGCGAUGCUGUCGGGCUCGGAGUGGGACGCGGAGACGCUCACCCUUCGCAACGACCACGCCUUCGUCUCCCCGAUUUGGCCGGUCCGCGGCGACGCGUGCGGUGCGUUCGAGCUGUGCAUGAAGGGGAUCUGCCAGCCGGGCGUGGUGAUGACCUUCGAGGACGCGACCCUCGCGCGCGGGUGGGUCCACCUCACCCUUGACCCGCUCUGCUGCCCCGCCAAAUCCUGCUGUGCAUGCUGCCCGGAGCGGGCGUGCCCCGGCGCCUCCGGCUCAGGGGCAGGCCACCUCCUCCUGGUCCCCGACUGGGUCUGGAAGAACUCGAUGCACGUCAUCGACGGCGAAGGGGAGGUGCGCGAGAGGCGCAUCUGGGUGCUGCCCCUCUGUUGCCCCGGCCCCGCAAGCAUUGCGUAUACGCUGCGCCGCGUGGCUUACGCCGACGGCAGCAAGCUCGAGCCGGCGUGGUCCAUGUAUCUCGCCUGGCGCAAGGCGCGAACGGGCGUCGACGGCGUGGCCGCUGUUGGCCACAAAUGGCCUGCACCGGGACCGGGAUCGCUGCGCAUCGACCGCAAAUGAGCGACAGCAUUGUGCGUCCCUUGCGUCGGCGUAGAGCCGUACGGACUACGAGUGGAGGGGGUGCGGGCCGCACAAAGUGUUUCUUAGUGCUGUGAGAGAAUUUUGUCUAAACUCUACCGAUCUUUGAAAUU